CGGGGGGAGGGGGGUGACGGCAGGCGGCGGGCGGGCGGCGCGGGGCAGGAGGCGCCUCAGUAUACGGGUGCAAGAGACGGCGUCGGCAUGCUGCUACCUGUGUCCCGCGCCGCGCUCCUGCUGACGGUGCUGCUGGCGUCAUGCCACGCCGCCAACAUCACCACCCAGGGGCCCACCACCACCGCCGAGGCAACCACGCCCGCGCCCUCCACCACCACGCAGGAGGGGCAGGAGAAUGUGAGUGUGACGACCCCCGAGACCACCUCCACCACGACCGCCAAGAUCACGGCCGAUAAUGUGCUUGAAGAGGUGAGCCACCUGCUGGAGAAGCUGCGGGAGGUGGCGGCGUCCAUGCGGGAGGCGCGGGAGGAGCACGAGCGGCUGGCGGAGGCGGUGGCCCAGGUAACGGCGGCCGUGAAGGACAUGGGCGAGCACAACAUGCACAUCAAGAAGAAGGUCCGCAAGAUGUCCAAGGGCCUCAAGAAGAACUCCCAUAACAAGAAGAUCAAGGACGGCAUCAAGUCGCUGCAGCGUGACCACCAGCGCAUCCUGCACGCCAUGUCCCUCAGCGGCAUCAACAUCACGCGCCUCCACAACCACAACCACACCAAGCACAACCAGAGCCAUCCCCGCCCCGCCAACCACAAGAACCAGCACGGGCGAAAGCGGAAGAACCAUAACAAAGAGAACAACAACCACACCGCCACGGCCACCACGACCCCGCUACCGGAGAACGCCACCAAGAGCCCCGACCAGAAGGCCCUUGAGGAGGAGGUGGAGGGGGAUGUGGUGAAGGAGGCGCUGACGGAAAAGAGAAAGGAUGACGAUGAGGUGGGAGGGUCGACGGACAACCUGAUACCUGAACUGGUGGUGGACCCGCCCUCGGCCACCGACCCCCCGCUGCCCGCCGACUGCACGGAGGUGAUGCAGCGAGGGAACUGGACUAGCGGCGUGUAUGUCGUGCAGCCGCAGGGACUCCAGCCUAUCAAGGUAAGCCACUCACACACACACACACACACACACACACACACGCACAUUUCUCAAGUGUCUUAGGAGGCGUGUUUCCCGGGAAGACAGCCGCGAGGAAUUCCAAUACAUGUUUGGGAGUUGAGUUCUCCC